CUGUUACGUAAACAGGUGCAUCGUCGUCAGCCACCCUCCCAACACAAACUUAGCGUAACUAGCCAACAACGCAAUCUUGAGAGACCUCACAUUCUCGGGUUUUCACCGCUAAUACAAGUCUGCAAACCUAUACAUUCGUAAUUCGUGCCUUUAUAUCAUGGAAUCAACAUCUAUGAAAGAAACCGAACGCACGUGUGUGCUCUGCUGUCAAGAUAUCGACAUUUUCGCUUUAGGAAAAUGUGAUCACCCGGUGUGCUACCGUUGCUCAACCAAGAUGAGGGUGCUAUGUGAGCAAAAAUACUGCGCCGUGUGCCGGGAGGAACUUGACAAGGUUAUUUUUGUCAAGAAACGCCAACCUUUUUUAUCACUUUCAACUGAUCAGCUCCAGUGUGAGAAUGACAUCUAUUUCAGUGAUACCAAGAUCUAUGCACAGUAUCGGCGGAUUUUGCUAUCCGAGUGUCCACAGUGUCGGGAACCAAAGGUUUUUUCUAAAUUUGAAGAGUUGGAACAACACAUGAGAAAACAGCAUGAACUAUUUUGCUGUAAAAUCUGUGCCAGGCACUUGAAGAUAUUUUCAUAUGAGAAAAAGUGGUACAAUCGCAAAGACUUGGCUCGACAUCGAACGCAAGGGGACCCAGAUGACACAUCCCACCGAGGUCACCCCUUGUGUAAAUUUUGUGACGAGCGCUACUUGGACAAUGACGAGCUCCUCAAACACCUGCGGAGAGAUCACUAUUUCUGCCAUUUCUGCGAUGCAGAUGGAGCCCAAGAGUACUACAGCGAUUAUCAGUACCUCAUGGAGCAUUUCCGGGAGAGCCAUUACCUUUGCGAGGAGGGCCGCUGCAGCACAGAGCAGUUCACUCACGCCUUUCGCACUGAGAUCGACUACAAAGCCCACAAGGCUGGAGCCCACAGCAAGAACCGGGCCGAGGCUCGCCAGAACCGGCACAUCGACCUGCAGUUCAGCUAUGCCCCUCGCCAGCAGAGGAGAAAUGGUGGAGAUCCUAACAGAGAUGGUCAAAUUGGCACUGAGGAUUACGAGGAGGUGGAUCGUUUCAAUAGACGAGCAGGCCGAGGACGAGCCCCAGGAACACAGCAAAAUAUGAGGAAGAGCUGGAGAUACAACCGAGAGGAGGAGGAGAGGGAGAUGGCCGCCGCACUCCAGGCCUCACUGGCCACCCGAGGACCGGAGGAGCGAGGGCCCCCUCCGGACAGAGGCCCGCAGAAACCCCGAGAGAGGGUAGACCCAGAGGAGAUGAGAAACGCCAGAGGCACUGCAAAACUGCCCAGUGAAGCACAAGGUCGACCAGCGGUAGGAAACAUUGCACUUACAGGAGGUGACUUCCCUGUUCUGGGGAACCCUCCGCCUGGUACAAGCAGCUCAAUCAAACCUGCUCCAGUCAAUCUGAAGGAGGAUGAUUUCCCCAGCCUCUCUACCGUGAAGCAUUCUUCACCGAUGACUCCCGCCUACAGUGCACCACCCCGAAGCAAGUCAUCCUUCCAGGAGGAAGACUUCCCAGCCCUCAUCUCCAAAAUCAAACCCAGGAAACCGCCCGAAAGCACGCGGUCGGCAUGGGCCAAUGCCGGAGGCAAGCCGGCGGCGCCCAGCAAAACCCCCAGCGCUCCCCCUGUGUCUGCCCCCAUCUCCUUGAGUGGCCCUCAGCCCCUCAUGCCCUCCUCCUCGUCAUCCUCUUCCUCCUCCUCUUCAUCCAAACGCAAGAAGAAGCUUGGUACUGCCGAGGGUCCCAAAGCCGCCACCCUGAAAGUCAAGUCACCGUGUUCGUCGGACGAGGACGAUCCCCGGCCGGGCAAGACGGUCCAGAAGGUCCAGCCGGUGCCCACUAUGCUGGACAUCUCCUCGCUCCUGACGGUGAAGGCCGGCGCGGUCCCCCAGCCCAGCGCCAAGGUGGGCAAGAAGAAGAAGCUGUCCGCCCCCGCUUCCUCCGGUGCUCCCGGGGCUCCAACCGACCUGGGCGAAAUGGCGUCCAGUGCUGCUCACAAAGAGAAUGUACCGCAAAGCAAGCCGCCGCCGGACACCAGCGCCCCCAAAGCUUCUGCACUGAACCCCAACACUCCAGCGGGGGUGCCCAAGUCAAGCGCUCUGAUGAACGGCUACACGGAAUGGACCGUGGUGCAGAACAGCGGCCAUGUGAUGGCCCCGACCGAGCAGCCUCCUCCUGUCAAACCACUGCCAGCGUCAGACCCGGCACCCCUUCCUGUGGAAGAGGAUUUUCCCGCCCUCAUCUCCAAAAAGCCUCCACCUGGAUUCAAAAGCGCCUUCCCCUUGAAGAGUGCCCACACUGGGCCCCCGCCUCCACCGCCAGGGCUGGGGGGUGUAGCAGCCAUGGUCACCAAACCUCCUCCUGGAUUUACAGGCGUUCCUCUGAACAGUAAUGUUGUGGAGCCUGCUCCUGCUCCUGCUCCUGCUGCCAAUCGACCAACACAGUCUCUCGGGACCUACCUCAGACCUGAGAAUUUCCAUAAGAGGAACAUGGACCUGAUUCAGUCUAUUAAAGUCUACCUUCAGGAUGAUGAGUCAAAGUUCAACGAGUUUAAGAAUUACUCUGGCCAAUUCCGACAGGGUGUGAUCUCAGCAGCCCAGUACCACAAGAGCUGCCAGGAGCUGCUGGGCGACAACUUCAACAGGGUGUUAAACGAGCUGCUGGUGCUGCUGCCGGACACGCACAAGCAGCAGGAGCUCCUCACUGCCCACGGGGACUUCAAGGCCCAGGAGAAGCAGCAAGGCGGGGCCGCCAAGGCCAAGAAGAACAAAAAGAAGACGGCCUGGCAGACCAGCUCUCCCAGCCUGGGACCCGAGCUGGACUGCCAGGUCUGCCCCACCUGUAGGCAGGUGCUGGCCCAGAAGGACUUCAACUCCCACAAGACCUUACACAUGGGGGGAGACGACGACUUCCCCUCUUUGCAGGCCAUCAGCAAGAUCAUCAGCUAAGUCUUUGCCUGCGCUCACAUGCACAGCCACAGCCACAGCUACAGCUACAGCCACAGCCAGCUCUGUCUGCUAGUCCAGAUGACCGGAGCAACUCCAGCGUGUUUUAUGAGGCUUGAGAAGAAUGAUUGAUUGAUUGAUUGAGUGCUUCUACCAGUGAGGGUGUGAUGUUGGUGUGAGAGUGAGUGGGGAAUGUGAGCCUGUGUUGGAGCCUGGGAAAUGUAGGCCCUAUGUUACAGAUACCUGACCAGUCCAGGGUACUCCAUUUCCCCUUCCAAACACGCAGGACUAACACUUUUUGUUAUUUAAGCAAGACGAGUCAUUACUUGAACAUUUUUGAGAGCUAAUGCAAGUAAUCUGUAAUUUUUCUAAAGCCCGCAUGGUUUAAUCGAUGCUAAUCUUGCUAUUUGCAUCAGGGGCUGGAUUUUAAACAGGGGAAUUUGUCACCCAAAUGUUAUUAGUUUCGAACGAAAAGGGUGGCAAGAUUAGCUGGUUGUUAAUUUCAGUCCUUAAGUCUUUUCAAUUUGCUUCCAUUGAUUUUUUUUUUUUUCUUUUCUUUUCUAAAUAUGUUUAAUUUUUGAAAGAAUUUUAUCAAGUUUGCCUUUUGGGAAAACUAAUGUAUUUAUUUAAGCAUUUUCCCCACCUGAACACGAUCAUCCCUCACUACUCACUCAGUACAUUAACUGACAACAAUUGAAGCGGUUACGUCAUGUGAACAAAAAAAAAUGCAAACAAUUAAAAGGCGUAAAAACACGAAGAGGAAAAA